AUGUUUGGAUCACCAUUCACUAAUGGCUCUGCCCAGAAGAACUCGGCACCAACGUAUUUUAAAGAUAAUGCGAGAAAUGCCAUCUACAAGCAAUUACCAGUUAUAACGUCAAAUUCAGCUCAAUCUAUACGUUCAGCGCCGCUGCAGUUUCUCCAGAACCGACGUCAACUGCUGCUGCAUAGGUCCAUGUCAUCAUCGUCGUCCAUAUUUUCGUCUAUUACUGGUGGUAAACGUUCAGUUCGGUCGGCUCCGUCCAUUUACUCCACAUCAACAGCCACUAUUCCAGAGGACCUGGAACCGGUAUCCACCACUGUUGAACAAUUGGUCAAUGAUAUAGUAUUACAUGAAAAUCACUUCAAGACCGUUUCCAUGCAGAAUAAUAUGAACAAUCCAAAUAUUCUCAACGGCAGCGUUGACGUAGAAGAGAUGUACAAAAUAUCGCUUGGAUCCGACUUGCAAUAUCAGAAUGUACCUGAAUCAUUAAUAGAUUGGAACUUAAAUGUUACUAGAUGCAAAUUAAUAUUGACUCAAUUACCACAACUAACAUCAACCGAUACCCCAUAUAACCAGAACGCAUUACCACAAUUGAUUGGUGAUUUAGCAACUGUUUGCCACAUUAUUCUCAUUCAACCUCAUAUUUCGGACAAGGAGCUUAUAUAUACAUUGUUUUCUUCAAAUCUAUAUCAAGAACACAACUUGGAUGCAAGUUUCAAGAAAUCAGUUGCCGAAAUCUCAGUUAAACAAAGUCGGCUUUUACAAAUAAAUAGUGAUGCAGGUUCAUCAUCUUCAAUCAGCCCCGACCAUUCAUUCUUAAAGUUCAAGUUCAAGGAGAUUGCAAUUCGAAACUAUCUAAUCAACCUUGCUGCUGCUGCAACAACAGCUCAUGAGUAUAAAAUGAAAGUGGAAGAGUACAAAUCUUCCUUAAAAGCCGAACAGUCUGGUAAAAAAGUCAAGAUAUCCAAAGAGGACAAGAAAAUACUCUGGGAACAAGUUCGUCUGGAUGUUUUCAAACGUGCUGGUUUAUAA